AUGGCUUCUGCUCCAGUUUCCUUCUCUGAAUUGAAAGCCGGCCGCAACUCGCCGUCAAUCGUUGCUAGGCUCCUCCGUUUCUGGGAGGCCCCGUCAAUUAACGUUUCCCGGCUUAACACUUUCAAGCACCUCCUUAAUAACGGCGCCAUCUAUGCGCUUAGUGGGUUCGACGUCACCAGGAGUAACUCACAUUUCAAGUUAUGUGAUUCCCCUGUUUGCAUCCGCUUCACAGACAACACUUCCUUCGAAGAAGCCCCUGAAACUAAUUUCUCAAUACCAACCGAGAUGUUCCGGUUCAGAAAUCAUGAUCAACUCCUCGCAUUGGCUAACACAAACUCCGAACUCCCAGACAUAAUCGGCGAGGUGACCUCCAUCAAGACAGUCAUAAAUGAAGCCACAAACAUCCCCGAUCGAGUCAUGGCCCACAUUCGUCUGGCGAGUGGCCGCUCUGUAUGCCUCACUUCAUUUGAUGGUUUGGCGGACAAGCUGGACCGGAAGUUGCAAAACACAGGAGAAGUACCAAAAGUGAUGCUAGCAACCACCAUCAACCCCAAAUCCAUUGGAGGGAAGCUGUUCUUAAACGCCACAUCUGGCACCCACUUUUAUUUUGAUGACGAACUCCAGGCUACUAGAAAGUUUACACAAGCGCUAGGAGGCAACACCGGUGUCCAUAUGUCCAACGGAACGAGGUACGACCGUGUGCAGAAGCUGGAGACCGUCACUAUUGCGGAGCUAAAUGAUUACCUUCUCAACCGGUUGACUUCCUAUGCGUUGCCGAAAUCAAGGGCGUGUAGACUAAAAACGGAUGGUCUUACAUGUCAUGCUCAAAGUGUUCGCGGAAACUACUUCGGGGAAUUUCAUCAUUUAACUGUACUGCCUGCCACGAUCCCAACGCUGUUGCACUCAUCAGACACAGGCAACACCGCCGUCUUCGUAGCCUUUGAUACCGACAUGACCAAGCUGACAAACAUGAGUGCCUCUGACGCUGCUGCUAUAACUACACCAGAAAUCAUCACAGCCAUGGUCGGCAAGACUUUCACAUUCCAAAUAAAAGUAACAGAGUACAAUUUCACGUCAAACCAUCAAGCCUUCACCACUUCCCGUAUUUACGAAACCAAAGAUGCUCUUCCUACUCCAACUUUUGCCAACCAGGUGGAGGCGACUGGACCUGCUAUAGCCGGCAUCCCUCCUGUUGUCGAAUACCCUGAGGAGAACAGAGAAACUCCAGACGGACAGCUGCCUGACGGUGGAAGUACUAGUAACGCCUCAGUGAGUGAUCAGGCACUGGCAACUACAGAAAAAAAAAGCAAAGAAGGCCCGGAGGGGAUAGAGGCAGAGGGGAACAACUCCGUUCCUUAA